AUGGAAACAAAUUUAGCGGGGUUAACACUCAAUGAAGAUAAAGAUGCAGUUUUACAAAUUCAAGUUGAUCAAAACACAAAUAGAGAAGAAGAAGUCUUCAGGUUGGUGGGUUAUUUCUUAACAACUAGUAUUAUUCACUUUCCUGCAAUGAAAAGCACUAUGGAAAAUCUUUGGCAUCCUGUUCGGGGUGUCCAAAUUCGAGAUCUGGGGGAAAAGAGAUUUUUGUUUCAAUUUUAUUAUGUUAUGGAUAUGGAAAGAGUUCUGAAAGGGUCUCAUUGGUCAUUUAAUAAUCAUCUAUUACUGUUACACAAGUUACAAUGGUGGGAGGAUCCUUUAAAAGUUCCUCUAAUUUUGGCGCCCUUUUGGAUACAAAUUCAUGAUGUGCCGAUUGAUCUUUUCUCUGAAAACUUGGCAAUACAAAUGGGCAGUUUUUUAGGGGAUUUUAUUGAAUAUGAUGGCUCGAAUCUAGGGAAAGAAAAUAGAAAUUAUAUGAGAAUACGAGUCCAGAUAGAUGUACGUCGCCCUCUAAAAAUGAAAAAGCAAAUUAUGUUUCAGGGAAGAUGCGCAUAUGUAAGAUUCAAAUGUGAAAUACUGUCUUUGUUUUGCUUCUAUUAUGGUCGACCGGGACAUAAUGACUCUUUUUGUGAAGCAAAGAUGGCGCUGGGUGUGGAAAUUGCUGAAUUGAGAUGGGAUCUAUCGCUACGAGCUCAAUCUCGGAGGGCUCUAGUCAUGAAUAGUGUAUGGUUGAGGGAAGAGGGGGAAGGAGGAAUGCAAGGGAAUGGACAAGGGAAUUAUAAGACAGAUAAUGUUAUGUGGACGGCGGGAAACAAGAAUCAAUGA